UCCUCCAGAGCAGCAGCUGCAGAUUGAGGUCUGUCUUCAAAGCUUCUUUAAUGUUUUCAGCUUUGAUUCUGCUUCCUGAAAACCUCCAGUUUUAUCUGUGUCUCCAGAACCAAAUGGAAAAGCUGCUUCUUAGAGCUGAUUUCCUCUGAGCUGUUGGGAGGCUGGCUGGUUUGUUGUUCUGGGAAAACUCAGGGACGGUUGUGCAGGAACCUGACCCAGGAUCUGACUGAGUUCUCUGUUCUUUUCCUAAAAGUAUCUUUUUCACUUUUUUCUUCCAGCAAGACAACAAAUCAGCUUAUUUUACUCUAAAAAUCAAACUGCUUCUGAUUCUUCAAGAUGGCAGCUGGAGUUCUAUGAAUCAUCAGCAGGAUCAGAGGACCACAUGUUGGAGAGCCUCCAGCAGACUUGGAGCAUCCACAGCAGUUCUCCAUGACUCAGCCUGAUUUAUAAUGAGGCUCCAGAGCGGCUCCUGUUUGUGCUGGACUGGUCUGAAGACACUGAAGCUGAAACUGGGAUGGACUGAAGGUCUUCGUGGUUUACUGAGGCAGAAGAAGUCAGACCUGGUGCUCUGACUCAUUUGAGUCAAGACGUGACAUUCCUCAACCAGUCGAUGAAUCUUACAGCUUCUCCACAUGGAUGCGCCAAACCAGGGAUUUAUAAACGUCCAGACUGACAGAACCAGCUGCAGAUGCAAAACUCUGAUCAUGCUGACCUGAUCCAAAAUGGGCAAUCUGACCAACAUCAGCUUGGCUGACAUCCACCUGGCCAGCUAUAUCCUGGACUACGAGGUUCCCCUGGAGGAGAUCCCGGACACCACGCAGGGUUUGGCCUUCUCUGUGGCCACCAUCAUUAUUGCAGUGGUUCUGGUGAGCAUCAUGCUAAUCUGUGGAGUUGGAAACUGCUUCUUCAUCGCCAGCCUGGCCCGUUUCAAGCAGCUCAGGAACCUGACCAAUCUGCUGAUCGCCAACUUGGCCGUGUCGGACGUCCUGGUGGCAGCCAUGUGCUGUCCCUUCCUGUUGGACUACUAUGUGGUAAAGAAGCUGUCCUGGGACCAUGGCCUUCUGCUUUGUGCCUCGAUCAACUACCUGCGAACCGUCUCGCUCUAUGUGUCCACCAAUGCACUACUGGUCAUCGCUGUGGACAGGUACCUGACUAUCCUCUACCCUCUGAGGCCCCGUAUGCGGCGCCAGACGGCGUACUGCGUCAUUCUGACCAUCUGGAUCGUCCCCAUCUUCAUCUCCAUCCCAUCAGCCUACAUGGCUUCAGAGACCACCUACCCCCACAUUGAAGGUCACACCCACAAGACGUUCUGUGCUCAGAUCUGGCCCGUGGACCAGCAGAUCUAUUACCGCUCCUACUUCCUCCUUAUCUUCGCUCUGGAGUUUGUUGGCCCUGUGACCGUCAUGGCCAUCUGCUACACGCAGAUCUCAAGGGAGCUGUGGUUCAAGGACGUUCCGGGAUUCCAGACAGAGCAGAUCCGGAAGAGGUUAUACAGGCGUCGCAGGACCGUGGUGGUGCUGAUUCUGGUGUUGGUGGCCUACGUCAUGUGCUGGGUGCCGUACUAUGGCUUUGCCCUGCUGCGGGACUUCUACCCCACAAUCAUCUCAAGGAACAGGAACUCCCUGGUGGCUUUCUACAUCAUCGAGUGCAUUGCCAUGAGUAACGGGGUCAUCAACACCCUCUGCUUCGUAAGGGUCCAAAACAACAGGAAGCACCUGAAAAUGGCAAACAAGUUCCCACUGAAGCUGGUUACUGUUAUAACCACAAGGUCGCUGGAUGAAAGGGAGGCACACACUUCUUCCCUGCGGGUGACAGAGGUUCUGGAAGAACCUCGGCUGAGGUAGGGAUCAAACUUCUGAUGGUUAGAACAAAAUUGCAGCUCAACACCUGGAACCACCAGGAGGAAACUGACCAUUGCAGUCUGACAGUUAAUGUUCAGAAGGAAAACAGAAGAUGAAGUUACCCGUCAGGAAGUUUAGGAUCUAGGACAUACCUAAACUUGGGCAUCAAACAAGGACUUCUGGAAGAAUUAAACCAGUGACUAAGAACAGUUACUGAACUUUAGUGCCACGUGUAAAAGGUUCCUACUGGGGUCUGGGACGAUGUGGAAUGAAAUAAUAAUAUUACCUGUUUGGUUGGAUGUAAGAGGCUUUGUUUUGGAUUAAUGGAAAAGUGGACACUAAACUAAAGGUUAAUCCUGUUUCCCAGAAGAA